CACCAUGACCAAGUCUUCUUAUGAAAGGAGGUGCUUAAUUGGAGCCCUGCUUACAGAUUCAGUCCACAAUCAUCAUGGCGGGGAGUAUGGCUGCAGGCAGGCAGGCAGGCAGGCACUGGAACAGUAGCUAAGUGAGAGCGUAUGUCUUAUCAGAAAGGUGGAGAGUAAGACUGUGGGCUUUUGAAACCUCAGUACCCACCCCCAGCCACCUCCAACAAGGCUCCACUAGCUGGGAACCAAACAUUCAAAUAUAUGAGCCCACGGGGGCCACUUUCAUCCAAACUGUAGUCCCAGAUGCAAAUUGGAGGGAUGGUGGCCAUGAAUGAAGGAAAGACUUAAAGCUCAAAUCCUACGAUGUGUUAUUGAUUUCUUGAGGGGUUGGAGAGACGGCUAAAUGUACAAAUCAUGGAUCACUCAUUACAAAGCAUGGUGACUUGAGUUGAAAGCCCCAGCACCCACAUAAAAAGCUGGGUGCGGUGCAUUUACCUGUAAUCCCAGUUCUGGGGAGGAAGAUCUCCAGGUCCAGCUCAGGGAAGUAGAGAGGGCAGAUCCCCAGGGCUUGCUAGUUUAUUGGGGAGCUCCAGGUUUAAAGAGACACCCUGUCUCAAAAAUUAUGUGGGAGCAAGUGAUGAAGGCAACCCGAACUGACCCCUGGCACGAGCACACAUGCACACAAACGUGCACACACACGUACACACAUGCACAUAUACACACGUACAUACAUACAUACGUGCACAUACACACACACGCACACACACAGGCACGCACACACGCACAUGCACACACACACACACACACACACACACACACACACACCUUAUUCAUUUAUUAAAAUUACAACACAAAACACCAAUGCCCGGUGGUAGCCCUUGUUUUCACAAAACAAUUCCUGCCCCUGCAUUGUUUUUUCCUUUGGACUAAAAGGACCUUACUUUGGGGCAAGCAAGUGACAGACAUCAGUCAGUGGCAGAUAUUGGUUCACCACAACCCCAGCACCCCCAUCUAAGCAUCUUACUACGGAUGCACAGUAAGGUCCUCUAGCUGUAACUGCUCGCUUUCUGGAGCAGCCUCUGCUUCCUGGGUUGCACAGUGGUACAGUGAGAGCAUUGACUAGUGAGAGCAGCCAGUCAAGCCAGUUUCCUCCAGCAGCCAGACAGAGCUUCUUUGGAAAUAGAAGCGCCUCACUCCCGUAGUUUACUGUUGUGUUGGGUAAGUUUGGAUGAAAGAAGCAGAAAAGGAAGUGCUCACACUUAAGAGGCAUCAGUAGAUCCUCUCUGGGCAAACCAGGGACACCGCAGGGAACCAGUGCCGCCCCUCCCCCUCCGCGGCCCUAGACCUCAGGGAGCCAUUGACAAUGCAACUCCUCCGUGUCCCUGGAGAUGGGCUGGGAGGAAGAUGUGAUCAUUUGUAUUCUGAAGAUAAACGUGUGAGGCGUAGGAAGAGAAAUCAGUGUUGUCAAGGCCACACUGAGGGAGAGAGCGCGCGCUGGCUGCUUUCGCCAGCGACCUCUGCGGGAUCGUACUCAUUAGUGGGGAGGCUGCACGCUCUCCCAGAUGAACCUCGAGAGUACAAAUUGGCUGCAGCUAAACCGAGAGCGGCCGAUUUCCAGAUCCACGUGACUAAAUCCGGUUACUUCUGGCAAAGGAAGAGUGAAUGCUGGUCUGCUUCAUAAGCAAAGGCUUCUGAGGACGCAGUCUCUGGAGUGGUUCUACAACAACGUGAAGACCCGUUUCAAGCGCUUCGGCAGCGCCAAGGUCCUGAAGAACCUGUACAAGAAGCACCGUCUGGAGAGUGGUGCCUGCUUUGACAUCCUAGGAGGAGGACUGUAUGAACCAAACCUGGAGAAUGAAGGGAGCAUUUCAGGGAGUGACUCCACAUUCUACAGGCAGUCGGAAGGACACAGCAUGAUGGACACCUUGGCUGUUGCCCUACAAGUGGCAGAAGAAGCCAUCGAAGAGGCCAUUUCUAAAGCAGAAUCCCAGAGGGACAGCCUGGACAAACAGAACGAGGCCAGCUACCUGCGGGACCACAGGCAAGAGCUGGCGGAGGAGCUGGCCGGCACCAUCCUGCAGAGGAUUAUAAGAAAACAGAAGGAUAAAGCUGACCUGCAUGCUGAGGAGGAGGAGCCAGAGUGUACCCGGCCCCAGAGUGGCGGUGUGAAGGCCAGGGGUGAGGGGACUGCGGCCCCUCCAGGACGACACAAAGCACGUGCUGCCCUCUGGCGGUCCCAGUCUGCGUUCUCCUUCACUACUGAAGACACUCUGAAGACCUCUUCAGCAGAGGCUGCUCCAAGGCAGCCCAAGGACCGUGCCCAGCGUCUGCUGGAGGAGUCUGCUCUGCCCAGCUGGAGGAGCAUGGACGGACUAGACGGGAAAAAUCUGGUCCCACUCCUGCAGAGCCCCGACGGGAACUGGAUGACUUUGAAGGACAGUAGUAGACAGCCCCCAACCCGCCUGCUGGCCAAGCCGAAGAGUAGGACCUUUCAGGCCCUGGAGGUGGCGUCCAGUGUGGCAUCUGCCUAUGAUGAGUUAGGUUCUGACAGUGAGGAAGACUUUGAUUACAGCGAAGCCUUGAGUAAACUGCGUCCACCAUCCCAGGGCAGGCUCAAGCAACCCCAGCCUCAGCCUGCACAGGCCCAGAGUUCCGGCCAAGGUCCCUUAGCCACCUCUCCCUCAAACCCUGAGGCCAUGUGCUCGGAUUCAGAGACAUCCUCCACUAGCUCAUCUCGGGAAGCCGGCUGUCGGGCUAAGCUCCUCUGGCUGCAGAGGAAGGCCCCCAAGAACCCCUCAGCAGAGAAGACGCACCUCCAGGGAGAGCUGGAUGUCAAUUUCAACCCUCAGGCAGCCGGUGGAGAGACUUCCGACAGCAGUGAUCCAGAGGAGACCCUCCACACUGCAGACCGCCGGGCCAGGAGGUGGAGAAGGGCCCGGGUGGGCCCAGAGGAGUCAAACAGGGGUCUGCCUUCACCCAGUGCCUAUCCGCCGGCUCUGCACACAGCUCAGGUGUCAGACAACGUGUCAGAGACUGACAUCAGCAAUGAGGCUCAGAAUUCCCGGUCCAGCACAGACUCUGCAGAGGAGAAGCUGAGAAACAGACUGUACGAGUUAGCCAUGAAAAUGAGCGAAAAGGAGACUUCUUCUGGGGAGGACCAGGAGUCCGAGUCCAAGACCGAACCGAAGAAUCAGAAGGGGAGUCUCUCUUCUGAGGAGAACAACCAGGGUGUCCAGGAGGAGCUGAAGAAGAAGUGUUCUGCUGUUUCUCUCUGCAACAUCUCCACAGAAGUCCUGAAGGUCAUCAAUGCUACUGAGGAGUUGAUCGCAGAGUCUGCAGGGCCCUGGGAGAUCCCCCCAGUCUCUACUGACAGAGACAAUGGGAUGUUUCCUCUUGGAACAGACCAAAGGAGCCUGGACAAGCAGCUGACUUCCUUGGAAGAAAACGUGUACCUGGCAGCAGGCACGGUGUACGGGCUGGAGGGUCAGCUGAGUGAGCUGGAAGAUGCUGCCCGCUGCAUCCACAGCAGCACGGGUGAGACAGAACUGGCAGAUCUGGAGGACCAGGUGGCUGCAGCUGCAGCCCAGGUGCACCACGCAGAGCUCCAGAUCUCUGACAUCGAGAGCCGCAUUUCAGCCCUGACCAUCGCUGGCUUAAACAUAGCGCCAUGUGUGCGUCUCACAAGAAGACGGGAUCAGAAGCAAAGGAGUCAGGUACAAACUAUAGACACGUCGAGGCAGCAGAGGAGGAAACUACCUGCCCCUCCUGUGAAAGCUGAAAAAAUUGAAGCAUCUUCUGUGACCCCCAUUAAGACAUUUAACCGCAAUUUCCUUCUACAAGGCUCCUCCACAAACAGGCCCACGGCAAGUACCAGUAACACCAAGGACUUGAUGGAGCCUGUUCUGGAGUCAGCUGUGAUGUACUAAAGUCCGGAACUCCGCACACAGCCAGUGACCCACUGCCUCCGGCCGUACACGACAGUGCCUUGACCCAACAGCCAUCGAGUACUGUGUGGAUUUCCACUGAGGCGAGGGCCAGGGGGAGGAGGGGCUGCAGUGCACUGCUGCACGGGGCUGUCCUGAUACCUCACCCAGAAGGCCUUCUCAGUCUGCAACACUGAGGUCUUGCCCACUCUCUGCCUUAGGCUCCCAGGGGAAUCUGAGACCGAAUAUCAGGACGCUGGCUUCCAAUAGCAGAGCUCUGUGUUCAGAAGAUGCAUUGUGCCAGUUUAAUUUGCUCCUGUGUGCUGUCUUUACCAGCCCUAUGUGUUUUUAAUCCCUUUAAUCCCCAUCACCAGUUCAUCCAAUAGAAAGCUUCUAGUGAGGAAUUGGGGGCUAGGAAGGUGGGGGUUAGUACCAUCACUGAGCCUUUCUUGUCACCUCCUAACAGACGCUAAGAGCAGGGGGCCAUAGAAACAGUCUCAUUGGGAAAUGCUUGACCACCUCCAGCUAAGCCCCCAGCCCCCAGCCCCCAGCCCUAUGCUUCUGUCCUCCCCACUGCUUGGCAACCACCAGAUGAAAAGCUCUGAUCCACCAAUGCCAUACCCAGGUCUCUCUGAAACCAUGUCUCAUUCUGAAUUCGGGGGUUUUUGCAUGGAUUUACUGAGGGGGAGAGGGGCCUAAGGGACAACGUCACUAUUAGUCUAACUUAAAGGACAGCUUUCAGGGUCAGCAUAAUGUGGCUUGGUCAUGAAUGGGCUGUUGUAAAAUAUAACUCUGCAGGAAAAGCAUUCCCAUUCUCCAAAAUCCAUCUCCUGCCAAAUUCAACAGGAUUCAGAAUGGCAGCAAACCCCCUUAGAGAAAAGCAGUGUGGGUUGUGAGGGACGCAGAGGUGGCCCUCACCCCAAAUUUCGCUGUUUGUUUCACGGCAGGGGCUGGAAUAAAUGCAUGAGUAUGUGAAGUGUAUUUACGCACACAAAUAGGUCUGACCCUGUGCCGGACUCCCUGGGGGCCUGCUGUGUGCUUCUGGGAUUUUCUGAAUCAUAGGAUGCGGUGGGGAGAGGGUAAAGGAGGGAGGCACAGGAGUGGCCAUUAGUGCUGGCUCUGAAGGACACGGUGUGCCCAGUUCUGUCUAGUGUCUCUCUCUUAUGGCUUUCCAGAAUCCAUAACUAAAGGUCAGACCAGUGAACUUGCUGAAGCCAUACAUGUGAGCUGGUUCUAACUGGAAUGCCCCCACCCCCAGAAGCCCAGCCCUGUCUUCCCUUCCGAGUUCUCUGGUUCUCCCGUGCAUCCCCAGACUUAAUUGAACUGCUCUCCCUGUGUUGUGUGCCAUUGCCACUGAAGGGGGUCCUUGUGUCUUCCCAUAAUGCUCCUGCUGAUGUGUGUGUCACCCCAGAGAAAGGACUUCAUGAAAACAGUAAAACUUUGACAUUUUACCUAGUGGGUGUGGUUCACAUUAAAACAAAAUUUAAAAAAAAAAAAAAAACAAAAAACAAAAAACAACACAACAAAAAGAUCUGACUUCCAAACAGGAUGUUUUCCCUUAGGAGGCAUGAGGCUGCCUUUGUGCUAACAGUGUUAAAAUACUCCAUUCUCUUCGGACAAAGCGUGUACUGUGUAAGCCUUGCAAAAAAUGAGAACAACGAAGAAAAAGCCUGUUUGAACUUUUAUAAGAGGUUUCCUUGUGCCAAAUAAGUACAAAGAUUUAAUUUACUAUUUAAACCAUAAACAUGUUAUAGUUCCAGAAAUUAUUUUGUCAUCAGUGAUUUUGAUCUUUAGCUUCAAUAUUUAUAUUUAGAUUAAUUUUUAUAAAUGAAAUAUUUUGAUGGUUGAAGAAGUCGAGGACAAGAAGGAUGCUCUCUCUGACGGCUUCUCAAUGCCUUCCUGUCUCACACACUCGGCCAAGAAUCACUGUCAAGAGAAACGACCGCGAACAAGCAGUAAAGUCACCUAUGAAAACA